GUUCUGGUCGUGCCUCGUGUACCGGCCACCUAUCUUUCAUUGCACGUACGCGCGACGCGCGGGGGGGGCGGGCGCCGCGCGCCAUACGCGGGGCCAUCUUGCUAGCGAUCGUCGAAUUGCUCGCGUCUCCGACACACAAAUCGGUUUUAAUUCGCACUAAUUAACAGUUAAACACAAUAAAAACAAUAUAAAUAAGUGUCGUAACACAUCUAAUUAGUGUAUUGGACGUCGUGAUCCGGAACAUUGUUGACAUAAAUUGUGUGUUGUUGUUUUAUGUGUGUGUGCAUUCCAACUGUCUAGAUCACAAACCUGGAUAUACAAUCAUGUGCUAGUGACUUGUGUAGUGUAGUGCAGUGCAGUGAACAGUGACAUGUCUUAGUGCGCAGCAUGAGUGCAGCAUGAGUGCCCGGCAGGACGUGGGGCCGCGGCUCUGAAUGAUAACUGCCGGUAAAGGCGUGUUAUGGACAAGGAAGGCGCGGAGGGCGGCGACGCGGCCGGCAAGGCGCCCCCUGAUGGCUUGCUCGAUGCCGCUAACCUAUUUGGUGCAUACUGGGGCCGCGAUGGCGCGGCCGGAGGUGGGGCGGCGGCGGCGGCCCAAGCCCAGGCGCAGGCUGCUCUCUUCGGCUUCGGGUCCCGCUACCCGCCCCCCACCACGCUGGGGGUGGCCGCCAACCAGGCCGCCUCGCUUGGCUUGCACCCCGCUGCCAGUGCAGCAUGGUGGUCGAUGGCAUCACACCUAGCGGCACAGGACUACCUAGCCAGGCUACAGGCAUCAGGUCUCAACUUCCCGCCGUUGGCUGACCCUUACGCGGCACUGUCGGCACUGUCCGGCAGCGGGGGCUUGAAGCAGCCGCAGAAACCUGGGAAAUUGUCUAGUCGAAAUGAGAGGUCAGGCAGAAGCAGUACAUCAUCAAGCGCGUCCACGAAAGACAAGAGUCCUUCCACCAGCAGCUCCAACUCUCAGAACAUGAGAUCAUCAUACGGCCUCCCGAAGACUUCCUCCCCCUCAGGCAUGCAGCACUCCCAGUCGCUCUCGAGCUUGGCAUCGCUGAACAGCCUGGUGUCUGCUCCUCAUCAGAGCAAGCCCAGCAGUAAGCCGUCGGCUGCUCCACAACCUUCCAAAAAGCCAUCAUCAUCAUCAUCGUGUAAAGGCAAGGAGCGCGAGCUGGCGCUGCUGCGCGGUGACCUCAUGCUGGCGCAGGCGGCAGCACACGGCGCCUACCAUGCUGCUGUCGCUGCCGCUGCUAAGGGGAAGAACAUGUCCCCUCUGUACCCGUUCGGCAUGGCGGGCGCGGACAAGGACGGGCGUCACGCCGGCAUCGACUCCCUCACCGGCCUGCCGCAUACUAUACUCAGUGAUCCAUCUUCAGUGUUAGGUGGGGUUCGACUCCCACCCGACACCGAGAUCAUCAAGUACACCUCCUCGCUAGCCGGGCCUAAGUCUGGGUCGGGCACGCAGACCCGCGGGCGCAAGAAGACGAUCUCGCUGGACCCGCCGCACGUGUCCGUGCAUCCCGCCGACCGCGCCGCGCCGCUGCCCAGCAAGCGACCCAAACUUGACGAGUACGGCAACUCGCGGUCGUCGGUGGAAGUGAUCCGGCUGCCGAACAAGCCGGACCGCGCCGGACACAACUCCCUGUCCGGCACCCCGCCGCCCAACCUCUCCGAUUAUGCAGGUAUAUCCCGCGAGCUACUGCAAACGAUAGCGAGUCAGAGCGGCGUGUCGCUGGCGGCACUAGAACGCCAGCUCGCCGGAUCCACAGGUGAUUAUUAUGCAGGCCUAAACUUGAGCACUAAGAUGGGAGAGGAUUCUCCUCUAGACCUUGGUGUGAAGUCCUCGUCAAUGGAUGAUGAUGCACCAUUAAACCUAUCGUUAAAACCUACGCCUGCGAGUUCGCAAGCCUCGGACGCCUUGUCUCGACUGACGUCACUCAGCAGUUCGCUCAACGCCUCCUCCAGCCAUGAUAGGAUAUCCCGCCGCAAGCCGGGCGCGAAGCCCCGGCGCGUGGCGCCGGAGCCGGCCGCCGUGCCCGACGCGCCGCGCCCCAAGUCCUCCGGCAGCGAGGACAGUGAAUCGGUAGCAGGCUGGGCGGGUCGAGAAGGUAGGCCCCGCAACCUGGGCCGCGGCGUCAGCAAGCCCAAGAAGAACACCGUAGCUUCUCUACUGGCCCAGAGCAGAGCCCUAGGCCUUAGACCUGCGCUCGCACAUCAGCUGUUAGCUGAGACUGACCUGGAGAAACUAAAAGCGUUACUCGGUGAGACGGCGAGCACGGACUCGGAGUGUCCGUCGGACAGCUGUCCGUCAGACUCCGACGCCAGCGACACCAGUCGCCGCCCCAACGACGCGCAGCUGCGGCUGCCUCUAGCACUAGGAUGGAAACGUGUGACAGUAAUCAAAGGCCUAUCCCGGAACUGCAGCAUUAAGGGCGACGUGACGUACUCGCCGCCCGACCCGCAUGCGGGCGUCACCAUGCGGUCACUGCACGAUAUACAGAAUUUCCUAGAAUCAAACCCCAGUCCGCCGCUAUCGACGGACAACUUUAGUUUUUCCGCGCGGACAGUCCUCGGCGAAUACAUACAACCCGCCAGCGAUGUGGGCGAACCGCUCGUUUAUAAUGAGAAUGAGAUUAAUAAGAGGUUAGAAGAAGCCCGUCUCCUAGCGGGUGCAGGGGGCCGGCCGACGCCGCCGCCGCUCGACCGCCGCAUGGAGCUGGCGCGCCUGCAGCAGGCCGCGCGCGACGCCCGGCGCGACGCCUCGCACCGCGGCAGGGAGCACGCCCAUAGUCGUCUAGACAGAUCUGAAAAGGCUGAACUCGCUAAACGCGAGAAGGAAGCGCGAAGUCAACAGCUUUUAGAGCAUAUCAACAAGAAUAGAACGCAGUUGACGAUUGAGCCCCUCCCUACUCUACCGAAAACCGGUAUCGACGAGUGGAAAACGCCCGAAAUAGUCAUGGGACCAGCCACUAAGACCAAUAAGGAACGCAUUAUGCCUCCGAUCAGUCUCUCUCUAAUACCGGUCAGCGGCCCCAAAGACACACAAAACUCCCCCAUAAAAACAAUAAAAUUUGACCAAUCAGGGUGGAAGGAAGAAAUAGAAGAAUACAACGCUUUAGAUAAAAUGAAAGACUUCGCUGAAAAAGCGGCAUUUGAUCUACCUAAACGCAAAGAGAAAUACGAUUUUACGCUAAUAAAGUCAGCUGAAAAGCGCUUGAAAGCGCCAGAUAAAGAGAAUAAUCUAGAAAAACUCAUAGAAUCUUAUUCUAGAAUAACAGAGUUCAUAAACGGCUGUGAUUGGUCGAAACUGCAAGGGGAUAAGAAAUCCGAUGACCCGAAGUCCAUAGAGCAGAAAUAUUUAGAUGCGAAAAAUGAGUUCAUGUCUCAAAAUCUGAUGUUGAUGCCUAAAGAAAAAGACAGUCCUAAGUCCGUAUUAAAAGAGGUCAUUGACCUGAGUGAAGAUGAUGAUAUUUUGUCGGAUAUAAUGAUAAAGAAAAUUAAUAAAGGGACGUUUAAUGUGGGCAAGGAUGGGGCUUUGUCGAUAUCGGUACACCCACUAGGCAAGGAGGCUGUGACAUCGGCUAAGAGGAGAAAACAUGAAGAGAUUGAGAAACAGAAGAUUGAGGAGCAGGCUAAAAGACAACAGGAGAGAGAACUGAAGAGGCAACAGGCUAUACUACUGAAAGAACAGCAAAAGUACAUAACAGAGGAAAGAGAACGUCGCCGUCAACACACCACAUUUAUCCGCCAACUAGACUCCCGCAGAAGAUGGGAGGAGAGAGAGAGGCGUAAACACCAGAACUUGCUAGACAGACUGCUGGUCAAAGAGAAGAAACUACAGCAGCGGAGAAAGGAGAUGGAACUGCUCUCUGAGCUCAGACGGCCACAAGAAGACUCGUCACUAUCAGACCAGAAGCCGCUGCCGACGCUCAACAGGAUCCCGGGGCUGAAGCUGCCGGGACAAGCCAUGGCGGACAUACUGCAAGUCUACGAGUUCAUACAUAACUUCGGUCAGACGCUCGGCUUCGAUAUGGACGCGAUCCCGACUCUCAACACGUUCCAAAUGGCGUUACUGCCGGACUGCAGCGUAGAGGCCGAGGAAGAACUGCUGCAAGUCCUCACGCAGCUACUUAUCACUGCCAUAGAGGACCCGGGCAUACCCCACCCGGGUCGGCACACGACACUGCUAGGCCAUGCUAUCCGGAUGGGUGACAUCAACCCGCACAACUUGAGCGAAGUGCUCAGAAUAUAUCUCUAUGCCAACGCUACGGGCGAAGUUAAGGCUUUGACAGGUUUAACAGCGGAGCGGGAACGCGAGCGUCGUGUGGCCGACCAUCACCAGACAGACGCUGAGAUGCAGCAUACCUACGCUAACUCUAAGAACACGGCCUACUAUGAGAGUUUGCAUAGCAACGCUACUUAUAAAUUGUCUGAGGCACUCCGAGACAAAUCCUUCCUCGCUCUAAGUGCGACAACAAAAGCGCGUAUCCUCGCGUUUAUAUGCGACGAGCUACUGCAGAACAAGGCCGUGCUGAGACAGGUCGACGCCUCGCUCGAACACCUCAACCAGCUGAAGAAAGAGAGAUAUCUUAUGGAUAUGAAGAUUAGGAAGGUACGAGUUCUCCACCAGCGGAAGGUCCGCGCGGAACAGACGGAGAAGCAGCAGGCUCUAGCUCUAGAACGCAUGCAGAGGCUCGUGGAAGAGAGUGCUGCCAACCUUAGGACAUCGCCGCAGUUGCAUGAUGAUGAAAACCAACAGACCCCAGAAAAACCUGAAACCCCGAAAAAGGAUAAAGAAUCGUCCCCACACCCAGAAAGCGAGACCGACAAGCAAUCCGAACCUUCUCCAUAUAAAGACACACAACCAACCGAGAGUGACAAGGAAUUGUCGCCCUUAAAGGACCUGUCCAACAGUAUGAAGAAUAAAGAGCUGUUGAAUAAUAAUAAGGACGAAUGUUCUCCGGCAGAUAACUCGAAGAUUGAUAAGGAUAGUGUGAUGGGAGACUGUGAUGCUAUAUUGAGUGAUUUGGAGAGUGAAGGCACGCAGCCAGAGGAGGAUGAAGACAAGAACCUAUCAUCAGAGGAAUUAGCUCGCAAGUUAGAGAAACUCCUGAAGCAAUCGGAACAACAACUUUUACAACUAACUGCCGGCUCCCACGCGCUCCGAGCUACCUGCUACGGACAAGACAGAUACUGGCGUCGCUACUGGUCUCUAGGCAAGUGUGGAGGCAUCUACGUCGAGGGUAUGGAGUCAGCUCAGCCGGAGAUCAUGGCGUACCACCAGCAGCUGGAGAGCAACGCGCUCGCCCCCACACAGCCUGACAGCGGGAAGAAGAAGAAGAAAGGUCCCCGCGAAAAGAAAGAACCAGCCUCCGAACCAGAGAAACGCGACCCGGAAACGGAAGCCCAAAAGAAGGAAGAAGCCUUGAAGAGCGAGAUGGAACUCAAGAGCAUCAAGUCUGAGUUAAACCUUAGUGAUCAUACUCAGAUUAUCAAAUACGAGCCUAAUGUUAAACAUGGCGCUUGUAAGGUUGAAGGUUCCUCAAUAAAAAUGGAAGAGAAAUACAUACAACAGAAAAACAACGAAGAGCAAGACAUGUUAGAUAUAGAAGACUCCAUUCCUACCGCAUUCCUAGUUCAGAAACCAACCCACAAACCCAUGUUUGCUGCCCAAGCCGAACCCAUGGAUAAACCUCAGGAAAUAGUGAAGGUCGAAAACGUCGUCAAAAGCGAAACAGAGGUCGAAGAAAACGAAGAAACGAAGGACACUUUAGUCAAUAAUUUAGAGGAAUUAAGAAAAAUGGCAGAAGCAGUAUCGAUACAAUUAGACGCAGCGAAGAAGGAGCAAGAAAUUAAAGAAGAGAAAGAAAAAGUUAAACAAGAACCGUUAGAUGCAGCUGCAGCACAUUUGCAAUUAUACGCCAAAAUUCUUGACGGCAAAUGGUUCUCUAUCCUAAGGCAUGAAAGCUCAUUUUUGAAUAACAUUAACGAGAUUGAGAAACAGGAUCUACCAGAAUUUUGUGACAAUGAACAUACGUGUUCCGAGGUCAUUUUAUGUCAAGGUCAUAAAUGGGAUGUUUCGAAUAAUCUUCAUUUGUUAAAUGACCCUAGUUUGUUUACUCUGAAUAGUAUGGUUACGAGUGUUCAAGUACCUUCGAAUAAUGUUUAUGCGGAUUCCAGUUUGACUAUGUCUGGGUUAGAACAGGAGAUUUUAGAUAAUAGUGUUAAUAAGGAUGAAAGUGUGCAGGAAACGGAAGUUGAAGAUGAUAAUAAGGACCAGGACAACGACCUAGAAAAAGAACUUCAAGCCGACGCCCUAAAGCACGACCUUCUAACCCAAAAGGCCAAAGCUCAGAGCCUGAGCAGCCUCGGGCUGUUGAACUUCAACGCGCUGUCGACGUACGUGACGUGCGACAGUCCGCCGCCCAUACAGAUGUCUGCGGAGGAGCUGCGGCAGCUGGACUACUGCAAAGCUAACGGCCUGCCCAAAAAGCUCGCGGGGAACUUCGUGCCCACGGAGAUGAGACACGGCUGGUGGAGGAUCACGGAGACGGAUCAGCUGAGAGAGCUGAUGGAUUCCCUGCAUCCUCGAGGAGUUAGGGAGAGGGAGCUGCAUGCUUCCCUCACCAGCCAUCUACCUACUGUUAAUAACAAGCUACACAUAGACAAAGGCGACACUCUAGGCACAGAGCUAUGCGUGUCGCACCUGGACCGGGUCAUCGCACAGAACGGCGGCUUCCCCGCGCCCGACGCCGAGUACUCGCCGCAUACGCAGCGGCGACUCGACAUGCAGCUGCUUAAUAUGGUCGAGCAACUCGAAGAACGAGUAGCAGCGGCUUCCAUGCAAGUCAAAGGCUGGCGUCCAGCCCGCAGCACCUCCGAGGGUCCAUCAGAGCCCGUAGCCAGGGCCCGACACAAGCUCCAAGCGCUAGAAGCUCACAUAGAGCGAAGGUACCUCAAGCCGCCUCUCGUACAAAGGUACGCUAGCACAUCAGAAGUGACUCUCGGCGCAGUACUGCAAGCCGAACACGGCAAUGCGUCCGCUCCCUCGCCGCAGAACACUGACAGCUCGAGUGAGGGGAAAGCAGACGGCAAAGGCAUAGCCCGAGGACUAGCUACGUGGCGCGAAGCCGUCGCUCGCUGCAACACUUCAGCGCAACUAGCGAUGCUACUGCAAGCGCUAGAAGCGGCCGUCGCGUGGGACAAGAGCAUCAUGAAGGCGAACUGUCAGUUCUGCCUGAGUGGUGACAACGAAGAUCAGUUGCUGCUGUGUGACGGAUGCGACAAGGGGUACCAUACGUACUGCUUCAAACCUAGGAUGGAUAAGAUCCCUGAUGGAGACUGGUACUGCUGGGAGUGCGUGAACAAGGCUCGGGGCGAGCGAGUGUGCAUCGUGUGCGGCGGCGCCACCCCCGGCCGCACCAUCCCCUGCGCCCUCUGCUCCCGCGCCUACCACCAGGACUGCCACUACCCGCCGCUACUGAAGAAUCCUCGCGGCAAAUGGUACUGUUCUCAGUGCAUAUCUCGGGCGCCGCCGAAGAAACCGCGGAACACUAAGAAACGUGACGCGAAACAUCGAGACUUGUCGAAUACCAGUCUAGAUAUAGACCAGAAUAUGGUGCCUAGUCCAGCAGCGUCCGUAGCGUCUACAUCGACGACGGCGGAGGAAUGUUCGGGCAGCGCGCUUCCCUCCGACAAACACGACGACAAGAUCGACUCGCACGACGCUGAGAACGGACUCAACCAUUGUACUGGUGAGUUAGUAUCGGACGAGGGUCCGGCGGAGAAGCGCCGCGCGCUGCAGCACGUGGCCGGCAACGGAGCCCUGCAGCAUGCCGACGCCGAACCUGCUAACGAUGCUGAGGACCGAGACACGGAGAACGUGCCGCUGAUGUCUCGCGCCAAGAAAGAGAAGAAUUCUGCCAAGAAACUGCUCAAAGAGUUACAGUUUUGCAAGAGUCUCCUCUGCGAGAUGGAAUGCCACGAGCACGCGUGGCCGUUCCUGUUACCAGUGAACACCAAGCAGUUCCCGCAGUACAAGAAGGUCAUCAAGUGUCCCAUGGACCUCUCCACUAUCAAGCGGAAACUACAUGAUAACAUCUACAAAUGCAAAGAAGAAUUCGCGUCCGACGUCCGUCUGAUAUUCAGCAAUUGUGAAGUAUUUAACGAAGACGACAGCCCCGUCGGCCGCGCCGGACACAACAUGCGACAAUUCUUCGACGAUAGAUGGACGCAAAUUUGAUCCCAAGCCCAACAGUGGGACGAAGAAUAAAACUAUCUGUGUAACCCACUAUGUACGUAAAAACUUUUGCGCAAAGUUUUAAAUGUGUUUUUUGAGACUUUUGUGAAGGAAUUCUAGUGAAACAUGUUUUGCGCAAAACUGAUUUCUUGCGCAAAUGUUUGCGCAGUGAUUGCGCAAAAUGUGCAGUGGAUAUAACGCUAUAAAAACUAAUAGUGAAUUAUAUGUACCGAAAAUUUGAUUUUAGAACAAUUGUCUAACGGCUAAUUUAACCAAUUAGAUGACUUUCUAUCCAAAUGUGAUGGAAAACCAUUAAUAGCAAAAAUAAAUAUUAAAAUAAAAGUGUAGAACAAAAGAACAGGCAGGGAUUGUUGUGGAAUAAUUGAAAGGAAUUUGAGUCUGGAUUUCUAAUAUGGUCUAGACUCAAACCUUAUUAUAAAACGUGGUUUUAAAAGUAACAUCUUGCUAGGUUUAACCCAUUAUACUUUCUACAAGAUUAUGGUUUAAACCUAGUACUGAAAUCGGUACUUUUAAAGCCACGUUUUAUAGCAAGUUGGAUAUUGUACGUAUUUGAAGUUAUCGCUUAUUAAGUGAUAAAAAUGGUUGUAAUUAUAAAAUUAAGUAUGAACGUUAGCAGGUAUUAUGAAUGCGCAAAUGGAGAGAAUUAUAAGAUUUUUUCCAUAAACAAAUAUUCUAUAAAACUAACGACUUAUAAAUCUGAAAUUCCUGACACAAUGGUUAUUACUAGAUAAUUUCAUCACAAUCUUUUAUGAGAAAUAUUUAAAGUAUACGUAAGAUGUGUAGGACUAAUCAAAAUAAAUGGAGUCUUGAAUAAAUUCAUUCACUAAGCAUGACAUCUAAUAAUUAUUAAUAAAUAAGUCGCGUAGGCCUAUAUUAGAAACGCGAUUAAAAGGAAACCAAUUAUUCCAUUUCAUGCAAAUUAACUAUUUUUACAUAAUAUGUAAAAACUAUAAAAUAAAAAACUGGAUGUCGAUAAAGCUUAUACAUAUAUUAAUAAAUGACUACUUAAUAAUAUCGAUAAGUUGUCCAAAAGCAUCGAUUAUCAAGACUAACACAACUUCCAUUCCGCAUAAAGAAAAUUCCAACAAAACAAGAAAAAAAAAAACAUUUUCCAAAAUGUGAUAAAGUACUGAAAAUAAAAGGAAAUGAAAAUAACAUUCCAACAUUGAGACGACACCGGAUAUGACUCGAGAAUAUUAAGAAUCUCAAUUUCAAAAUAUUUUGACUUUUAAUGUGAUGAAAAAAAAAAACGAAAUUUUUUCGAAAAACAACGCACAUGACACGUUGUUGGUGUAUUCUAGGACACAUGUAAAUAUUAGCCAGUAAAAUAAUAAUUUAAAAAUAAAAAGUAUUAGAAAGAUAUAUUUUUAAGUGAAUAGCUAUUAGAAUUUUUCGAAUAUUAUUUUUGUAAUUUGCGCUUGCAACGAAGCAGUAUUUUUAAAGGAUUUCCGCAUUUCUUUCGUGUUUAUUAAUUAAUUAACCUGGGUGUUUUAUUUACUUUUGAAUAUUCAAAAAUAUAUUUUACUUAUAUUCCUCUGAUCCACAAAAACAUCACAUAUUUAUACUUUAUUAUUUAUCUUAACUUUUAAAGACACAACUUUAUAAUUUAUCUACAUUUUUAACACAUUUAUUUUAUUGUCUUACAUCACUUCUGAACUGUAUUCAAAAGUAAAUACCACCAGACGGUCCAACAAAAUACUCUAUAAUUUGUCAAUUUGGUGGCCAGUUUCGUAGUCAAAUCAACUGUACAAUGUCAUUCGUGUGUAAAUUCCUAGUUGUCUGUCUAAAUUUGUGCGUUAGGCGGAGUUAGAUUAGGAGCGGUAGGUUUAGGGCUAAAGUAGCGAACGAUGAAAUGUAUUCACGUGGUCGCGUGACUGUGUUGUGUACUUGUGGGGAUCUCACUCGAACGCGUUUGUUGAAGAACCGUCUAUGACGGUCUUUAUUUUACAAAUUGACUUUUUUAUGCAUGGUGGUUAUUUUAUCUCGCAUUGAUUUUUAAUGUCGAUUUUCUUGAUAAUUAAAAAACUUUUUAAACUUGAUUGAUUUUUGAAAUUUUUAUAAUUGAUUUUGUGAUGUCGUUUUAUAAAAAUACUAUUUGUAUGCCAGUUUAUUAUAUAGUAUUAAUAAACAACUUGAGUGAGGUCCCCCCAACAAUUAAUUGUAACAAAUUAAUAAUAUAUGAGAAAGUUUCCGUUGUAGAGAAGAAGGUUCUCUAUGUGAUCUUUGGUUAAACUGUGUAUUUUUAAAUAAAAACGUGUUUUCAAUGCAGCCCUUUUGUGUUAUUUUUAAUCUUAGUUCUAUCAAGCAUGACUUUAAUUGAAACAACAUGGGAAGAAAAAAGAUCUGUCUUUCUCGAUACAAGGGAAUUUCAUUAACAUUUUUUUAUGAUACAAUUUUUUGCUUGAUUGAAACACGUUUUUAAUAAUUUUCGAAUGCAAAUUUCUCGAAACUUGAUCACUGAAAUAAUUCGCGAAAUUAAAAUAUAAUAUUAGUGUCAAAUAAAAAUCAAUUUCAUGUAGUCAAAAAUAUUAAUAAUUAAGGUAAAAUUAAUUAUUUCAGUGAUACAAGUUGUUUUUUUAAUAUCUGUAAUUUUUUGUAUUUCUCUGUGUUAAAAAUCGAAUACGACAGUCAUUUUAGUGUUUUAGUUUUUUUGAAUUUCUAUUUAUUCUUGCAUUAUUUAUUUCCAAUUGAUAAUAAUCGUUUUAAGCCAAAAUGACAUUAGGCGAUUACAGGAUAGUACUUAUGAAAGGAUCGUUUUGUCCGUUUUUCCUAUAACUUCGACAUAGUGUUGUGUUAAUAACCGUAUUGAUAUAAAACAAUAGCAAUAAAAGUGAUUUUUAGACUUUUACGGGAUAUAGAAUAGACAUAUUUUUAUACACACAAAUUGUUUUCUUUUUUACCUACAUUUUGUUAGUGUUUGGUGUAUUUUGUUAAGACCGCGUUACGAUUCAACUAUGUAUAUGAUUCACAACAUUAUGUCGAAACAUUAUUUUACUAACUACAGAGUAUUUUAGCAAAAGUAUUAAUUUAGAUAAUACUUAAUUCAGCUUUUUAUAAUUAUAAUUUUUACUCGUGCGUCCUACAAGCAAACGUCAUAGACAGGACUUUUAAAAUAAAUUAUUGUGUAUCUAGUUUUAAAUCUAUGUAUACUUUGUCUUUGUCGGGAACACGUUUUGGUGAUUUCGACCUACUGCCAUCGUUGAUAAAGUCGGUUUUCGUAAAACGUGUUGGCGCAAAGAGCGCGUCUUUCGUCCGGCGUGAGUGAAAGGUCGAUAAUAUGAUGUUUAUGUUGUGUGCAUCGGUUGAUUUUAAUUAUAAAAUGGAUAUAUAAAUUAUAUAUACGAAUAAAUAAAUAAUUUUUGAAGCACUC